CCGGGCAGGACCUAACCAUGAGUUCCGGAAUGAUCGGCUGGUGGAUGUUGAUCGUACUUGUUGGCAGUGUGUUGGGACAGAAUGAGGUUGACACUACGGAGAAUGACAUCCCGCAGAAGGAGGACCAGGACGAGGCCAGUUGGUUCCAGAUAGACGACGAGGACGGCGAGUUGACCGUGCCGGAGUUGAUCACCAAGUACGGGUAUCGGGUUGAAAGCCACGCGGUGAUCUCUUCCGACGGGUACAUGCUGACGGUGUUCCGAAUUGCUCCGUGUCAACCACCGGAAAAGAGUCAAUAUCCGGUGUUGAUGGUGCACGGGUUGAUGACAAGUGCUGCGGACUACGUGAUAACCGGUCCGAACAACAGUCUAGCGUACCUACUUGCAGAUCGAGGGUACGAAGUGUGGUUGGCCAACAUGCGUGGAACCAGGUACUCCAAGGGUCACACUUCCAUAACUCCAGAUUCGCCAGAGUAUUGGGACUUUUCCUGGCACGAAAUGGGAUAUUACGAUCUGCCGGCGAUCAUCGACUACAUCCGGGCGACCAGUAACGUGUCCAAAGUUCAUUACGUUGGUCACUCUCAAGGAACCACGGUGUACUUCGUAAUGAGCAGUUCACGACCCGAGUACAACGAAAAGAUCGCCCUAAUGACCGCCCUCUCCCCAGCGGUGAUCCUCAAGCGAAUUCGCAGCCCAAUUGGUAGACUCACCCUGGACCUCGUUGAAUCACUGAAGCAGCUUCUGCAAGCACUCGAAAUCUACGAUGUGUUCGCGUACAACAAAAAUUAUCACCAACUGGCCAAGUCAAUAUGUCCGAAGGAGGAGAAGGAAAGCAUCUGCUACCGGUUGGUAUCCCAAAUCUGCGGACCAAACCCGGACGCGUACGAUCGGAAACUCAUGCUAGCCUUCCUGGGUCACGCCCCGGCCGGCGCCUCCGUCAAGCAGCUGAUGCACUUUAUCCAGCUGAACCGGAGUGGGCUGUUCCGGCGGUACGACUACGGCAAGAAGGGCAACCUGCAGACGUACAGCAAUUGGAAACCGCCUUCGUACAACCUGACGGCCGCUUCCGCGCCCGUGUUGAUCUACUACGCACUGAACGAUUGGCUGGUGCACCCGCGGGAUGUGCAGCAGUUUGCCCGGAAGUUGCCGCGGGUGGUCGGUCUGAACCCGGUUGGGGACAAGCAGUUCAAUCAUCUGGAUUUUAUUACGGCGAAGACCGCCCGGGAACAGCUGUACGACAAGCUGAUGCCGGUGCUGGACGGGUUCAACGACUAGCGCGAGCGGACGGACGAUCGUGGGAAUCGGUGAACAAUGUAACGGAACGGGUUGUGAUUCGCGAUUGUCGGCAAAUUCCUUUGGGCAAGUUUGGAGAACAAUAUGUUUAACGAUGCACCGGAUUGAUUAAGGGGUGUGAGAAAUUUGUGUAAGUUAUUCAUAUGACGAAUUGUAUACAUCGGUAAUUACUGUUGGACAGGCUGAUUGAUCUGGGUAAUUGUGCUUUACAAAGUAGGCUGGAAGUAUAUUCUACGAUAACAGUACUUACAGUAGACAGUGAGACAUGAAGUGUCAUC